UGGAUAUUAUAAACGUACCUUACGUACCAUUCAAUUUAUGUAAAGAAAUAUUUAUAAUAAUGUUUUAGUUAUUAUUAAGAAUUUGUCAUCGAUGUACGUCCGUUGUUUAAUAAGUACUUGGUUAUUGGUUAACUAGGUGUUAUUAUUUUAGGGUAAAAACUCAUCAAGCAAACGGCGUUUAUAAAUAAGAUAUCUAUUAUAAACAUCAUGUCUGUCUGUACGAUGUUAUUAAUUAUUGUUGCCAUUACUGUUUCGUGGUCCGGUACGCCAAUCGCAGCUAUGAACAUUCUAGCUAUAGAGCCGCUUACGGGUAAAAGUCAUUGGAAUUUCAUGAGCGCACUUCUCCGAGCUUUGACAGACAGUGGCCACCGCGUUACUGCGUUCACUCCACUUCCCGGCGGAGAGCGAAUCAACUAUACGGAAAUAGACAUAUCGAAGGAAAUUUCCGCGAUGGAUGUCGGCAUUGACUCGCAUUUCGUUCUGGAAAAUUUUCGAAAAUCUUCGGUAAUGAUACCUUUGGUAAUGAACUGGACCCGGUGCAUCUGCGAUAUCAUCAAUGAACAUCCCAAGAUGAAAGAUAUACUUAAUAGCGAAAAGUCUGGUUACGAUUUAAUUAUCGUUGAACGAGCCGCAUCGGAAUGUGUUACUUACGUAGCCACCAAAUUGAACGUACCGAUCAUAUUCUCGUCCCCAUCGCCGUUGAAAACGACUAUUGAAUAUAGUUUAAUAGGAAACGGCCCGAAUCCAGCGACCGUGUCUCAUGUAAUGGCCUAUCACUCGGUUCCGAGAACGUUUUUUCAGCGGUUCACGAAUUCUCUAUUUUUCGUGUAUAGCACAUUUUUAAGUACACGGAAAGAGUCUGAAAUGAAGACAAACAAUCCCGGUGAGUACGAUCUAAUGGAACAAGUAAAGCCAUCCAUCGUGUUCCUUAAUACGUAUUACGUUACCGAGGCUCCAAGACCGUUUCCGCCGAACGUUAUACAAGUAGGUGGCAUUCAUUUACAACCACCUGAAGAUAAUAUUAUACCCGCAGAUAUUUUAGAAUUCAUUGAUAAUUCACCGUACGGAGUUAUUUACUUUACAUUUGGAUCGAUCGUGGAGAUGUCAACGUUGCCAGACCACAUUCAAAACGCGUAUAAAGACGGAUUGUCACAAGUUCCUCAAAGAGUAUUGUGGAAGUACGAUGGCGAAAUGAAAAACAAACCAACAAAUGUAAUGACACGAAAAUGGUUUCCUCAACGUGAAAUACUUUUGCAUCCCAAAAUAAAAUUAUUCAUCAGUCACGGAGGUAUAUCUGGUGUGUAUGAAGCUAUAGAUGCUAGUGUUCCAAUUCUUGGACUUCCCGUGUUCUAUGAUCAGCCAAGGAAUAUAGAACAUUUAGUGGACGCAGGCAUGGCAAUUUCUAUGGACUUAUUAUCUGUAACUAAGUACAACUUUUUGAACGCCGUAAAUGAUUUAAUUAACAACGAAAAGUACCGGAAAAAUGCCAACAUCGUUUCUAAACAUUUCAAAGAUCGACCCAUGACCCCGGUAAGAUCGGUUGUUUAUUGGACAGAAUAUGUUUACCAUCAUAAAAGCGCACAUCACUUAAAAUCUUACGCCUUCAAUCUGACGUGGUAUCAAUACUACCUUUUGGAUGUGAUUGCUGUCAUAUUGUUAUUAACUGUAUCUACCGUUUAUAUCACUUAUAAAACACUGGUGUACAUGUGGAUAAAUAAUAAAUAGGUAUUAAACACAUUUUAGGAGUAAAAACAGCGUAACUGAUAAGACUAUGUAAUUCGAUAUGACUAGGUAUUCAACAAUAUUGUUAUACACUCUAAUGUUAUUUAUGCAUACCUUAAUAAAUUAAGUAUAAAAAUCUACUAUAAAAUAUAUUAUUAUAAGCUACUUGGCUACCUAUAAAUAAUAAUUAUAUAAAAUAUAUUUUAUCAUAUG